GAUCGCACACGUAUUACAGUUAUGCUGGCUGCAAAUGCGACAGAAACUGAAAAGUUAAAACCAAUAGUAAUCGGAUCAUCUAUUGAACCCCAUGCUUUAGUCCGCUUAAAUUACGAUGCAUUACCUGUAACAUAUCGUUCAAAUUUAAAGGCUUGGAUGCGAACCGAUAUCUUCUGUGAAUGGAUCACAACUCUUGAUAAUAAGUUUCGCUUAGAAAACCGGCAUAUUUUGUUGUUAGUUGAUGGCGCGACAAGUCAUUAUAAUCCUAAUGACAAUAACAGUCAAGAUAUGUUAGAACUAGAUGAAGAAUUGAAUGGUGAAGAGGAAUCAA